CCUCACCACAGCCUCCCUCUCCGCGCUUCUCGGGCCCGGUUCCGACUAACUACCCCUGUCGUCAUUGUUAUGUUUUUCAUUCUGUCUUAGACCUUCAGCUUAUAAUUCCCUGUGAUCGCCUCGAGUCGAGACUAGUCUCCCUCAGUCUCGAACAACAACAUCAACUGCGGCCACCCGAGUCGAAAGCCUCCGAGGAACAUCAUCCUUACCACAAACAACAAACCGCAACAAUGGUUCUACAUCGCCAACAAGCUCAGUUCGACAGGUCAAGAUGGCGCAUGGCGCUGCUUGUGCCUCUUUGGAUCCUUCAGUUACUCGUCUGCCUCGUCGUUGUCGCCCUUUUCUCUUGGCGUCUGUCCGAUACACUAAGGAACUGGGAAACUGAGGAGGAAACAAAGGAGAUGUUUCCCAUGGUCGAGGUCGUAUGGGAAUCUGUCAACCUGGUCUUCUCCCUCGUCUGCCUAUUUUCCACAUUUUACGAAAUCUCAAAGCUCGCCUCCGAAACCUUGACACCCUGGACCAUGCUUUUCACCCACAUCUUGAAGAUCGUCUGCUCCCUGGCCGUUUUGGCCCUCGAUGUCGUCGUCUUUGUGCAGAGAAAGGAUAGCCACUACUCAGUCGUCGGUCUCGGCUUGGACUGUUUUUUCCUCGUUCUGGUUGCCAUCCCGGGUAUCUACUCGAUCCAGACUUACCGCCGACUCGCCAAGUACGACGACUACCACUACCCCGUAAACCACAAGCCCUACGGUUUCAACGACCUCGAAGGCGAGACCUACUAUAACGGACGCCUCUCCAUCGGCGGCCUCAGUCUCGCAGACCGCUCCCUCCGCCGGAUAUCGACAUCACCCACAAAGUCAUCGACUCAAAAACAGGAAACACCACAGAUGGCACAGCAGCAGCAGGAAUCCGAAGCGACCUCACUCCAGCGCAUACCCUCGCAGUAUAACAACGAAAGAGACACGCAGUUCGACAGGUACAUGGUAGAGCGCGCCAUGAACAACGAGUUCGGUUGGGCGAACAACAGCAGCCCCGGCGCGGAUCCCCUCGGCCGCAGCGACAGCUACGUCGGCAGCGGGUCCAUGGCGAACGGAAAGGUCGUCACGCGAGAGAGCGUGGGCCGCGCGCCGAGCUGGGGCAGCUCGCAUGUUCUCGUCGCUGUACCGGAGAUGGACGAGGAAGAGGCGGCGCACGGUCGUGGGGGAGACAGGCAGGCACUUCUGGGACACAGGAGGCAGGACAGCGAUGACAGUCUCGGACCCAGCAGCCCACCGAUUUUGGCGGCUAUGCCACCGAGGAUCGAGAUUGAAGAGUCGGAUAUUGUUGGUGCGGGUAGCGGGGAAAACUCGUGGGAGAGGAAGCGCAAGAGGAGCCAAUGAUCGACUCGGUUCCGUACUUCUUAAACUUGCGGGAGUCAAGAGAGGACGGUUGAAAAAAAGGUGAAUGGAUAUACCCUUCUGAUUUUCGGAUUUCCUUUUCUUUCGUUUCUUGCCCAGACGCACGACGUCUGAUUGCAUUCUUGUAUACUUUUCAUCUCAUAUACCACACGGAUCACGGCGUUCCUGGUUGGAUCAGACGACACCAAAAGGGGGAAAAGAUGGGAUGGAAGAGAGGUCCCAAUGUUUACGAGCUACGGCUUCAUUAUAUAUAACUCUCGCUAUUAUUUGAAGACAUUUAUAACUGAACAGCAUUACACUUGUUUUAUGAUGCUUA